GUGUGCAACUCGUCGCCUUUCACAGUUGUCUUCACAAUAUACGUAUACGGAGACUGGCCCAUGACAGCAAUGAGCAGCAAAUUGGUAAUAAUUCUGUUUGGUGCGUGCUUGCUCGUGCUACAUGCACCUUACGCUGCUGCCCAGGAGAUAGGUAUUCCCGAAUUCUCUUUUGGGUCAGUGGGUGGUGACGACGGUGAGAUGGGUAUCCCCGAAUUCGUUCCUGGGACAGGAGAUGGCGACGAUGGUGACUUUGGAGGCGAGCUGCCUACUGGAAUCGGGCCAGUCGUCGAAACGAGCAGCGAGAGCAGCAAUUCUACAGAACAGUCGACAACCGCGACCGAGCCCCAGAUGCAGGCCUCUACCACCGAACAAGAAUCCCGUGUGGGCAAAGGCAAUUCGAGGCACAUCGCAAACUCAAGGACUGCAUCUCACGCCAAAGCCAGGACAGCUGCUAAAGCCAGGGCAAUAGCCAAAGCCAGGACAGCUGCCAAAGCCAGAACCGCUGCCAAGAAGGCAGGCAGAGCAGUGCACAAGGCGUGAUCACAACUUUAACCUGGAUUCUGCGACUCCAUGAAAGCAACUAAUAAAUGAUUAACUUGUGUUGUGUAUGCUGAUUUGGGCAACUAAUUUCACCAACUGCUUUUGAAGUAAAAAUCUUGUUCAACGGAAGAAA